AUGACGUCUUCUGGAUCUAGUUCAGACUCAAAAUUAAGAAGUCCUGAACUGAAUUUAAAUGGCACCCAGCAUGUCAUACAAGCAGGCAAGAAGCUAUCUAUCAAAUGCAGGGGGAAAACAGACCACUCGUGGUCUUUGCCUGAAACAGUGAGUAAGGAAAGCAAAAGGCUGAACAUAACUAAAUAUGCCUGUGGAAGGGACGGCAAGCAGUUCUGCAGCACUUUGACCUUGACCACAGCCGAGGCAAAUGACACUGGCUUCUACAGCUGCAAGUAUCUAUCUUCUACUUCAAAGAACAAGCUAACAGAAUCUACAAUCUAUAUAUUUAUUAAUGAUACAAGUCGACCUUUCUUGGAGAUGCACACUGAAAUGCCUGAAGUGAUAAAUAUAACUGAAGGAAGGCCGUUCGUCAUUCCCUGCCGGGUUACAUCACCUGACAUCAUUGUUACUUUAAAAAGGUUUCCAUUUCAUACUCUGAUCCCUGAUGGAAAAAGAAUAACCUGGGACAGUAGGAAGGGCUUUUUAAUUUCAAAUGCAACAUACGAAGAAAUAGGCCUUCUGACCUGUGAGACAACUGUCAACGGACAUUUGUACCAGACAAACUAUCUCACAUAUCGACAAACCACUACAAUCUCAGAUGUCCAAAUAAGCCCACCAAGCCCUGUCAAGUUACUCAGAGGUCAGACUCUGACCCUCAACUGUACUGUCACCACACCCUUCAAUACGAGAGUUCAAAUCAAAUGGACUUACCCUGGUGAAACAAAUAAGAGCGCCUCUAUAAGGCGUCGAUUUGACCAAAGCAGUCCCCAUGGCAAUAUAUUCUACAGUAUUCUUGUUAUUAACGAAGUGCAGAGCAAAGACAAAGGCAUUUACACCUGUCAUGUGACAAGUGGCCCAUCCUACAGAUCUGCGAACACCUCAGUACUUGUAUAUGAUGAACCAUUCAUUACUGUGAAACAUCGAAAACAGCAGGUGCUUGAAACUGUAGCUGGCAAGAAGUCUUACCGGCUGUCGAUGAAAGUGAGGGCAUUUCCCCGGCCAGAAGUGGCAUGUAGGUAUGACUUUUGCUCCAAUAAUGAAGAAUCCUUUAUCCUGGAUCCUGACAGCAACAUAGGAAACAGAAUUGAGAGCAUCACUCAGCGCACGGCAAUAAUAGAAGGAAAAAAUAAGACCGCUAGCUCCUUGGUUGUGGUUGACUCUAGAAUUUCUGGAAUCUACAGCUGCAUGGCUUCCAAUAAAGUAGGGACUGUGGAAAGAAACAUAAACUUUUACAUCACAGAUGUACCAAAUGGGUUCCACGUUAACUUGGAAAAAAUGCCUACGGAAGGAGAGGACCUGAAACUGUCUUGCACAGUUAGCAAGUUCUUAUACAGAGACAUCACUUGGAUUAAGCUGCGGACAGCUAAUAACCGAAGCAUGCACCACAGGAUUAGGAGGCAAAAAAUGACCGUCAUGGAGGAGCACUCCAUCACGCUUCACCUUCUCAUCAAGAAUGCUUCCCUGGAAGACUCAGGCACCUAUGCCUGCAGAGCCAGGAACAUAUACACAGGGGAAGACGUCCUUCAGAAGAAAGAAGUUACAAUUAGAGAUCAGGAAGCGCCAUACCUCCUGCGAAACCUCAGUGAUCACACAGUGGCUGUCAGCAGCUCCACUACUCUAGACUGUCAUGCUAACGGCAUCCCUGAGCCUCAGAUCACCUGGUUUAAAAACAACCACAAAAUACAACAAGGACCUGGAAUUAUUUUAGGACCAGGAAGCAGCACGCUGUUUAUUGAAAGAGUUACAGAAGAGGAUGAAGGCGUCUAUCUCUGCAAAGCCACCAACCAGAAGGGGUCUGUGGAAAGUUCAGCAUACCUCACCGUUCAAGGAACCUCAGACAAGUCAAAUCUGGAGCUAAUCACUCUCACGUGCACCUGUGUGGCUGCGACCCUCUUCUGGCUACUGUUAACUCUCUUUAUCCGAAAACUGAAGAGGUCUUCUUCUGAAAUAAAAACUGACUACCUAUCAAUUAUAAUGGACCCAGAUGAAGUUCCCCUGGAUGAGCAGUGUGAGCGGCUCCCGUAUGAUGCCAGCAAGUGGGAGUUUGCCCGGGAGAGACUUAAACUAGGCAAAUCACUUGGAAGAGGGGCUUUUGGAAAAGUGGUACAAGCAUCUGCAUUUGGCAUUAAGAAAUCACCCACCUGCCGGACUGUGGCUGUGAAAAUGCUAAAAGAGGGGGCCACAGCCAGCGAGUACAAAGCUCUGAUGACUGAGCUCAAGAUCCUGACCCACAUUGGCCACCACCUGAAUGUAGUCAACCUGCUGGGAGCCUGUACCAAGCAAGGAGGGCCUCUGAUGGUGAUCGUUGAAUAUUGCAAAUAUGGAAAUCUGUCCAACUAUCUCAAGAGCAAACGAGACUUAUUCUUUCUCAACAAGGAUGCAGCAUUACACAUGGAGCCUAAGAAAGAAAAAAUGGAGCCAGAUGUGGAGCAAGGCAAGAAACGAAGACUAGACAGUGUCACCAGCAGCGAGAGCUUCGCGAGCUCCGGCUUCCAGGAAGAUAAAAGUCUGAGUGAUGUGGAGGAAGAGGAGGAUUCUGACGAUUUCUACAAGCAGCCCAUAACUAUGGAAGAUCUGAUUUCUUACAGUUUUCAAGUGGCCAGAGGCAUGGAGUUUUUGUCUUCAAGAAAGUGCAUUCAUCGGGACCUGGCAGCACGAAACAUUCUGUUAUCUGAGAACAACGUGGUGAAGAUUUGCGAUUUUGGCCUUGCCCGGGAUAUUUAUAAGAACCCCGAUUAUGUGAGAAAAGGAGAUACGCGACUUCCCCUGAAAUGGAUGGCUCCUGAAUCUAUCUUUGACAAAAUCUACAGCACCAAGAGCGACGUGUGGUCUUAUGGAGUACUGCUAUGGGAAAUCUUCUCCUUAGGUGGGUCUCCGUACCCAGGAGUGCAGAUGGACGAGGACUUCUGCAGCCGCCUGAAGGAAGGCAUGAGGAUGAGGGCUCCUGAGUAUGCAACUCCUGAAAUCUAUCAGCUCAUGCUGGACUGCUGGCACAGAGACCCCAAAGAAAGGCCAAGAUUCGCAGAACUUGUGGAAAAACUAGGCGAUUUGCUUCAAGCCAAUGUACAACAGGAUGGCAAAGACUAUAUCCCACUAAAUGCCAUAUUGACAGGAAACAGUGGGUUCACAUACUCAACUCCUGCCUUCUCUGAGGACUACUUCAAGGAAGAUAUUCCAGCUCCAAAGUUUAAUUCAGGAAGUUCUGAUAAUGUCAGAUAUGUAAAUGCUUUCAAUUUCAUGAGCCUGGAGAGAAUCAAAACCUUUGAAGAACUUUCACCAAAUGUCACCGCUAUGCUUGAUGAUUACCAGGUGGACAGUAGCGCUCUGCGGGCCACCCCUUUGCUGAAGCGCUUCACCUGGACUGAGAGCAAACCCAAGGCCUCUCUAAAGAUUGACUUGAGAGUAACCAGUAAGAGUAAGGAGUCGGGGCUUUCUGACCUGACCAGGCCUCAGUUCUGCCAUCCUGACUGUGGGCACGUCAACAGAGGCCAGCGCAGGUUCACCUACGACAACUCCGAGCUGGAAAGGAAGGUCUCGUGCUGCUCUCCUCCCCCAGACUACAACUCCGUGGUCUUGUAUUCCACCCCACCUGUCUAAGCGUGACGGCCUGAUUUCUAGAACCACAUGCAGAUGUAUACCCCAGAAAACGAGCUUCUGCCAGUAUUAUGCACAUAGAAGUGUACACCUCUGCCCCUCCGCAGGGGCUAGAUGCUCCUGUGGUUUUUAACAGUGCUUUUUUCUUUUGACUAACCAGAAUGUAACCCCCAGAUAAAUAGAGUAAGAGUGACAAGUGAAGGCCAAACCCUCAUUCAGUGUGUUAGAGAAAUUCUUUCAGGUCCAAAGACUUCCUGCUCCUUGCCCCCAGGCCUCGGGCCUGGACAAUUCAGGAGACGCAGCAUGCACCCAGGGACGGCAGCCCGAGCAGGGACGGCAGCCCGAGCUGGCCUACGCAAGCCCGGGGCCUCCAGCAGACAUGGCUGUGAGGAGGAAAAGGAAAAAGGGAGAAAAGAAGAAAAGAGAAAACAGGACAGAGCACAAGAAGGGAGAAUUUGAGCUGGGCCACAUGGAAGGAGUGGAAGAGGGCUACCAACAAGGACACUGAAGAGGUUCCGAAACCCUACCUAACCCACUCCAUUUGAGAACCCCGCCAGGGAGCCAAGAGAAUAGAGGGAUGAGGGGACUUUUUCUGGACUCUGGGAGGCAAGAAAAGGACAAACAUUUUUUGGAACAACAAAGCAUAUUUUAAAACAUUAGCUACAGGACUGGUUCUCUGUCCAUUCCCAUAUAUGACACAUUUUUUAUUUCUGUCACUGAGGCUGUUGCUCAUCUGAGCCCACACUGCCGGCCCCUCUAGCAAGUACACUGAACACUUACCUGAGCUAAGCUGGAAUAUUAGUUCAGGGCAUGUAGCAUAUUGUUCGUAGUAAGCUAACUGGAACGGCUGGUCUGUGAGGGUUACCUGUUGGGCUUAAAGUCCCAUUUAAAAAAAU